AUGAAGCGCGCAGCGCGAGCUCCGGUUUCGCUCUGCUGGCCGAUUUUGCACGGACGGCACAAUCUUCACAUGCCACAGGGGCGAUUUUUGCUCAACAUGUCGCCCCAUGGCUGCCAGACAGCGCUGGGUGUCUAUGCAAGCUCCCCUGCUACUCCACUUCGCCGGUUCUCCCUUCCCGGCACCCAGGAAGACGGGCUGUCGAUGCACACCACAAUGAACAAAUCCAUACAAAAGCGGUUGGACCACAUGAAGCACCAGUUCGAUGACCUCUCCGCCACCCUCCAGACCAACGAGGCGCUGUCUCCGGAGGAGCGGGGCAUGCUCACAAAGCAGCUGCACGCUCUCGACCCCGUGAUGGGCAUGGUGCGACGGAUUGAACAGCAGCGCGAGGAACUGCGAGAGCUCCACCAACUGAUGGAGGAGAGCAAGCAGACCCAAGACAAGGAACUCGGAGCGCUCGCCGAGGAGGACUACAAGCGAAUCCUCGGGGAGCUGAUGGACCUGGAGAAGGAGCUCGAGAACGAAAUCAUGCUCGAGCUACUGGGCAAGGACGAGGCGGACGAGAAGAGCGCCAUAUUGGAGGUGAGGGCCGCAGCCGGCGGCCAGGAGUCGCAGCUCUUCACCAUGGAGCUGUUCAACAUGUACAGCGCCUACGCCGAGAUGAAGGACUGGGAAUGGGAGACGCUGGCCGUCAGCGACAGCGAAGUCGGCGGCUACCGGGAAUCGAGCGCCUGUAUUACGGGCAGGGGCGUGUUCGGUCGCCUCAAGUUCGAGACGGGCGUGCAUCGGGUGCAGCGCGUGCCCGAGACCGAGACCCAGGGGCGAACCCACACAUCGACGGUCACCGUCGCCGUCUUGCCCGUGGCACAGGAGGCCGACAUUCAAAUCCUGCCCAAGGACAUUCGCGUGGACACGUUCCGGGCGUCCGGCCCAGGCGGCCAGCACGUCAACAAGACGGACAGCGCCAACAAGGACCGGGCGAUGAAGAUCCUGCGGUCGCGGCUGUACGAGAUCGAGCGCGAGCGGCUGGCCAGCUCGCGCGCCGACCAGCGACGGAAGCAGGUGGGCACCGGGGCGCGCCACGAGCGGAUCCGCACCUACAACUUCCCGCAGAGCCGGAUCACGGACCACCGGUGCGGCCUCACCGUGCACGACAUCGAGAGCAUGAUGCAGGGCCACCACCUCGACACCUUCAUCGACGCCCUCGUCGCCCACCACUCCGCCGAGGCCCUCAACUCCAUCGACCUCGACUCCUUCUGA